UGGGGGGAAACAGAAGAUGGAAGGAGUACAUUUAUCGUCGGGAGAAUCGAUGAUGACUCGCUCUGCUAUUCACACCACCGACCGACCAUGCAAAGAUAAGAAAUAAUAAUAAAUCCCAACCUUUGGAGUACCCACACCCAAUCCCGAAUUCUAUCUGCAAGAGUCAAUAGAUAGGAGGAGUUGGAGAAUGGAAGGGAUGUGGACACUUGCUGAGCCUGAGAGGUGUGGUCUCUUUUGUACUUUUGUAGAAAGGGGGACAGAUUUGGAGAAUAUUUAAUGGGACAAAUAAACACGUGCUUCCUUCAUUGGUGAUAUCUUCUUUUCCCUACAACAGAUUGCAUAAGUCAAGUCUCUCUCUCUCUUAUGGCGGCUAAUAAGGCAAAGCAGAGACCGGCAAAGCUUUCAGUCUACCUUUACAUUCCCAAUCUCGUUGGCUACCUGAGAGUUCUCUUGAACUGCAUUGCCUUUUCCAACAAGACACUCUUCUCGCUCUUGUACUUUUUCAGUUUUUGUUGUGAUGCUGUCGAUGGAUGGUGCGCUCGUAAAUUCAACCAAGUCUCUACAUUUGGAGCUGUUCUGGACAUGGUUACAGAUAGAGUCAGCACAGCCUGUCUUCUCGUGAUUCUCUCCCAAAUAUACAAGCCUAGCUUGGUUUUCCUGUCAUUGCUGGCUUUAGAUAUCGCUAGUCACUGGCUCCAAAUGUAUAGUACAUUUCUUUCAGGGAAGACCAGCCAUAAGGAUGUGAAAGAUAGCACAAGCUGGCUCUGUAGACUCUACUAUGGAAACCGGAUGCUCAUGGGUUAUUGCUGUGUUUCCUGCGAGGUUCUUUAUAUUAUCCUUCUUCUCAUAGCAAAGAAGCAAACGGAAGACCUGAUGAACGUGGUAGUUGAAUCAUUGACGCAAAUUUCACCACUCUCUAUACUCUUAACUUUGAACAUAUUUGGCUGGUUGAUCAAGCAGAUCAUCAAUGUGAUUCAGAUGAAAACGGCUGCAGAUGUUUGUGUUUUGUAUGACAUAGAGAAACAUCAUAAGGCUUAACCUAUUGUGCUCUUUGAAUUGUCUCGUGUUUAACUCUUUUGUACGAGAAUUUGUGUACAUAAGAAUCCAUCUUGUUUAGUGGUGGAUGUAGAUAUAAAACUCUGGUCUUUGUUUUCUAUGAGAUUAAAGAUACUUGAUUGCAACCUUGAA